AUGCCACGUACCUUUUCUCUUCAGUUCUUUCACACCUCAUCGUUACUACCAACACCCAUCAGGAGGCGUAUCUACGAAAUGGCCCAGAAAGCAGAAGAUGGUAUCGGAAACAACAGCAGACCAAACAAGACCAAAGAGCCAAUGCCUCUCCCUAGACAAACGUUAAUCCAUCUGCUGUUGGUGGUAUUGGCCGUACUAGCCUCGACAGCCAUGUCAUAUGCGGUUGGCGGCGACAAGUCCGACAGAUCUCAGCUUCAACAGCGACAGGCUGCACCAUCGCCACCGACGAGCUCGGGCGCGGCAUCAGGAACCGCAGUGCCGGCCGUCUGCGUGUCGGUCGACUCGGCAAACCCGAUCGGAGACAUUUACCCCAUGAACGCAACUGGCGUGCUCAACGCCACGCUCACCAUCCUGCCCAUCACCAUGGAGGCAGCCAGGCGUAUUAUCCCUACCAAGUACGCCAUCCUCGAGAGGCCGCUGCGGGCAGCGCUGCCCAACUUCCCAGAGGGAAUGUAUCCGGUACUUCUGCAAGCUGCACACGAUCAUGAUGUUGGGCUGUAUGGGUUGGGGUUCAAGCUUCCCGACUUUUCGAGAGUUGGCUACGAGUUCCCCUUUAUCGACCUGCUCGGCGACGGCUACUCAUCAUUCCGUUGGGCGCCUGCUCAAUUCCUGUCGGCCGACAACGGAAUGGCCGUCAACGGAUCGCGCGACUACGGCACAAUCGUGCAUCCAGCCACGUUUGACCCGGCCUGCGACGCGUUCCGCCCUUCCGACGACGGCAAGUUUCUCUUCAGCGCAAAGUCUGUCGAACCAGAGUCGUCGCUGAACCUCGAGUUCACCCUGACAUCCGGCACCGGCGCCGUCGACUCGCUGCCGUACCCGGUCUCCUUCUUCCGUAACAUCACCAACCAGCCCAGCUUCGCCGACGGCAACAAGUGCGACCAGAUGAUCAGGCUGUUCAACACGACCCUGUCCCAGAGUCCGUCGGGUGCACCGGCGGCGGUCAAGGGGCGGGUCUCGACCACAAACGUCGGUCUGGGUGAGGAGCUGAAAGAGGGUGACGUCGAGGGCAUCCACGUCACGACGGCGUUUGUGGAGAACAACUAUCUCGACUGCCAAUUGCUCAAGGGUUACAUGGGGACUGGGGGUUCAGGGGAUUCGGACGUUUGAGAAGAUGCGGGUGUUUUGGCUUUUGUAUCAGCAUUUUUUUGGGCUGUUAUUCCCUGGGUUUGGAAUGGUCGCUGGCGUAGAGAUCUCUUGUGAUACCCCUCAU